UCCAAACCGAAAGUAGAAUGAAAACCGGAAGUGACGAAAGAAACUUUAUGCAACAUCCGGUUUUUGAUUGGCGGGUUGUUCAACAAGACAAGACGAUGUCUGAAAGUGCUGAUAAUUAUUUCAGUAUUGACGACAUUCUUUCCACACAGGAACGUUUACCAUGUACCGUGGAAAUGAUAAUUUAUCGAAUGGGUUACAUGGAUGCAAGUUCUGAAAGUGAUGACCUACUGCCAGGUACAAAGAUGGAGAUGCCUUUCUGGAUGGCUAGAGCAUUGUGUAGCCGCAAGCGCCACAUCGUCAGUGUUGAGAUCCCUAAACAGUACAAGGAAAGUUAUCGAGAGAUCUUGACUGCAGAUGCUACAGUUGUGGACCUCCACAAGCUAGGCCCAUUCUACUACAGCUAUGGAUGUCAGCUUCUUCGGUUUGAACUACCCGACAGUGGAGACAUUUCAAAAUGUCUGCUUAAGACUUUCCAGACUCGUUUAAGAAAAAUCAUGGACUCCUCACAGAAUGCUUUGAAUGAAGACACAACAAGACUAACAGAGAAGUUAGAUGAAACUGAGAGACUGCUAUUUAAGGCUGGACAGCAAGGCCUUAAUGACUUUAAUAAGUGGGAAACAAGACAAAUAGAGAAACUGACCACAUCGGAAAUGGUCAGACAUCACAGAAAACGGAAACGAGGAGCAUUAGAGGAUGCCUGAUUGAUAUUUCAGAUAUUUCUUAAUUUCACAUCUAUCUGAAAAUUGACUAAUAUAAAACUAUAUAAAACUUUAAUUGUCUUAUAAGGGAAUACUGCAGUUACUAUAAAUGUCAUCCCUAUAAUCAGGGAAUGUUCUAGAAGUCUUGACUCCUUUAUAGAGGGAAGUUGUGGUAAGUGUACCUUGGCUCUCUUUAUCAAAUUGUGUGUUAAAAAUCUUGGCUAUAUACGUAUGUGUACCAAGACCUUGGUACUGAAACAUCAAACUAUUGACUGUAUUAAUGUUUAUUUUCAAAGGUAGUCACGAAUUUUGUGAAUCACUUCCUAACAAAUGUAUUUUAAGAUUUGCAUAUCUAUCCACAAGGAGAUUUACCAAUAUUUCUAGGAAAUUCUGACCGUUGUCUCUGGUGAAUUAGAUUUGUUACACAGGGAGUUGUAAUCUAUAACGCCAAUACCCCUGAUCUACAGCUAUGUAAUAUGAUCAUAUGUUUUGAUAUUUAGGUUUCAACUUUUUUUUGGUUUCUGUUAUGAAAACGUAAUUGAAAAUAUCCUAUUUAAUUUUGUAUCAUAAUAUGGGUGAAUUUGGCAUGUAUAACAUGACUACAGUAAAUCACAACUGAUACUCUACUCUACCAGCUGUACAUAAUCAGAUUAUCGAUAUUUUCAGUGUAAUUCUGCAUACUGUGUACAAUGAAUUAUUUACUGUACUUGUGAAGAUUUGACAUUAUGGCAGUGGUAUGGGGCAGACAAAAAACAACUUCAUCAGUAAAACUUGAAAGGAUUUCAAUAUACAUGUACAAAGGUUCUUUACCCAAAAGAAAGGAUCAAAGUCGAGAGGAAAAAAAAAGAAAAAAUAUGAUUUGAAUAGGAGCAAGGGUAGACUAUCACUAAAGUAAUGAUUAUGGAUGAGGGGAGGCAAUCACAUUAACAAAAACCUAUGUAUCUCUCAGUAAGCUAAAGUGCAUGUAAAAAGAAGAAAUUAACCAUAAAUGCCUCGUUUUGUCACAAGACUGUAUCAGAAAUCUUCUAUUUAAUUACGUAAUUGUUUAAUAAUUAGUCUCAAGAUGAUGCUACAUGUGUUCAUAUACUGGAAGUGGUAUGAUUCCCCUGUAUUUCUUGCUAUAUUAUGAACUUCUUAGAAAUGUUACUAUGUAGUGGAAUAUAUAUCACAUGGUCAUAUCACAUGACUGAACAGCCACAAGUCUACCACAAUAAAUUAGCAGCAGUGGUAUAGUGCUUCCACUAGCUAAACUAACUGUCAGUGAUUUAUUAGCUCACCAGCCUAACUCCACCAUCACUAGAUGGUGGCAUGGGCUAUUCCAAUUUCCCUUGUUAUCAAAUUUUUUAGAAAGUAUUUAAUGGAUCUUUCUUGAAUUUCAUAUGUAGGUUCACAUCGGUCCUUCGUUUUACCUGUUCAAUUUUAAGACUGACAGGAAAACAAGAUUGCCGAUAGGCAGUCAUUUUGAAUUUUGAAGGUUGUUGCUGCUAUUUCUCCGAAAGUUUUUGAUGGAUCUUUCUCAAAUUUCGAAAGUAGUUUCCUGUUAUAUUAGUUGAAUUUAUUAACCUUAUUUCUCAGAUAGAUAUUCUAGAUGGAUCUUUCUCAGAUUUCAUAUCUAGGUUCCCCAUGUUUUCAAAUGAUUAAAGGAAAGAAGAGAAAAAUGGAGAAAAGAUUAGUGUUAAGAGAUCCAAGAUUUCUCUUAGAUCUCCUGUAUUUUUGUUUUUUUUCUGGAGAGUUACAUUUUUCAACUGAUCUCUUGGAAAUUUGGUAUGUUUUAUAAUCAUGAUAUGAAGUGAAAUUGUGUUUCCCUGAACAGCAUUUUGAUUUUACUAUUUGUGCAAAAGUUAUUGCCCUCCUUUAUGAUUUGAUUCUUGUCCAGAUAUCAAUAUUCUUCUUAAAUUGUUCAAUCAGUCUCUAAAAAUAUAAUAGACUUUACUCAUUAAGUUUUGUAUUUCUUUUUUUCUUUUCAACUAUUUUUGCAAGAGUUAUUGCCUUUACACAUUUAUCUUUGUAGAUCUUCACGCUUGGUUUUAAAACAACCUUUCAGACUGGGUUGACUAUCCUAUGCCAUGAAACUACUUUCUCAGUGUCAUUUUAACUUGAUUAAUGUUGCAUUUCAAUAUUUGUUUUCACUUGAUACAAUAAUGCAUUUGUUUUUGGCAUGACACAGGCAUACAAUGGACUAUUGUCUAAAUAGGACUCCAUUGGGACUAUAUAAUUUAGCUGGUUUGUAGAGAAUUUCAGAUUGUAGAGGGUCUGCUUGUUUAUCAUUACAUGUACAUUAUAAUUAUUAUAUAGUUAUGUUAUUUAUGUAAUAAUGUUUACCUACAAAUCAUGAAUACACAUUUAAUUAUAUCUGUAAAAACUGUUUAUUUCAUUUUAAUGCAAAACUGGUACAAGAUUUGUAAGAUUUUAGAUUCAACAGCAGUUAAUAAUUGUAACCAACAACAUUUUUUUAAUUAACAAAGCAGCAUUAUUUAUUAUUCGUGCAUGGUCAAUUUAUAAAAUUUACCUGUAUACUACAGUAUCAACACCUGUCAGGAAGCCCACACUAGACCAAACAAAACUGAUGCCAGUUAACACAGAGGAGAUUUACUAGUGUAAGGAACAGUAUUUGUAUUGUUGUGUAUUUGUGUAAUAUCAUUUGUACAGCUGUCUAAUUUUCUGAUAUAGACUGUUGAGUUCCAGAUGCAUUGUUCUACUGUACACCAUUAUAUUUAUUUAUACGUUGAUAUACAGGUGUUGUUAAUUAGUCUUCCUCAAUGAUAUUGUACAUAGUAUAUUUUUGAAGCAAUCACUUAUUAUCACAGUAAUAUUCAGCUGGGAAAUAAACCAUAACCACAGCUUUA